UAUCCACGUAAUUUUUUCUCAGACUUUUUGUUUGAUCUUGCCCAGGUUUCCUUGAGUGCGUGCUAUUUCCUGAUCACAACUGUUACCUUUGAUAUCCGCCACGGCUCACCCAAAAAUUUUGAAACAAGGAAAUGACGAAAAAACAACGGAAAGAUCCGAGCUGGAAAGAAAAUCAGGGUGACAUUUUUAGAUUAGGGCCCAGUCUUCUCUCACAGCUCAGCGGUUAUCAAUCAAAUAUUUAUGAGUUUGUGAUCGAAGAAACUCUAAAAUGGCGAUGGAGGCUGCUCCAACUUCCCCGCAAUUAACAAACUACGCUCCGCAAAAUACUGCCACGGUAACUCACACGGUGCCUGCCUCGCAUACAACAGUAAAUCUUAUACAGCCUGAACAAGGGAAAGGUCUUUAUAUUGUCGAUCCUUCCCAGCAACAUGCGUUACAGAUGUUCGGAAGUCCCGAUCAGAGAACCUUCAUGGCGAACCCCGUUGAAUUUAAUCCUGCGGCCGGAACAAUAACAACAACCGCUGUUUCUAAUGGAAAUGGACAAAUUACCAUGAUGAAUGGACAAGCUUUAGGAAGUCAGAGACUACCAGUUGCCAUGGAAACUUUGGAUGAACCACUUUACGUCAACGCAAAACAGUACCACAGAAUAAUAAAAAGACGGCAAGCAAGAGCAAAGCUCGAAGCUGAGGGAAAAAUACCAAAAGUUCGAAAGAAAUAUCUCCAUGAGUCAAGGCAUCAGCAUGCUUGCAGAAGGAGAAGGAGCAACGGGGGUCGCUUUGUUACCAAACCUGAGCAAGAACCAGGAAUACAGGAUGGUGGAGUAGGAGAUGGCCAAGUAUUCCAGGAGGGCAUGGUACCAUCUCAGGAACAUGAUCCACAAGAACAGGCAUACAGUGUUGUCCCAGCUCCUGAGCCGAACAGAGUACAAAUGACGAGUCAGGCUCCUGAGCAAACAGAAUAAGAUACCUAUCUUCUUGGCAAACAAUAUUAUAAAGUUGAUACGUGUAGAAUGCUUUCAAGUGGUGGUCAUUGAAAUAUCCCUUAAGUAAUCUGAGAUUCAGUAUGUAAAUACACAGUCACAAGCCUUAUCACUUGGGAUGUUCACUGUAUACCACAGAAAAUAAUGGAAGAAUUAUUUUAUUCUGUACUGAGUUUUCAGUGGGAAUAAACCAGUAGCUGUGAUGGGUGUGGCACAUCAUGGUAGAAAAACAGCCUGUAGGAUACAGCUAAAGGUGCUUUGGUUUUUGCAGCCUUCUGAAGUUUGAUUGUAUCCUCCAGAACUUGGGGAAAAAUUUAAGAGUUUUAGUCCUUUAAGUCCAGCUCCAAAUUAUUCAUACACCUAGAGCUGUUCUCUGUAUUUGUCGUCAGUAUUUUCAAAGCUGUACAUGUAUGCUUUGGUCAGGUUUUUUAUUAUUAACUUAGGCUUACAUACUCAGGGUUCUCAGAUUAAGCAGCGUAAAAUAAUGGAUUAAUGUACAUAAAUAUAAAUUAUCUUUUACUAGAGUGGUUUUCAAUUGAGUGUCAUAAAACCAAAGCCAAAGUAAUAGCUCAAGGCAAUCACAAAGGACAAAUGAGACUAUCCAAGGAACCAAUCAAUAUACAAAAUAAAGAUAUGUAGCAGACUGUCACAAAGUGCGAGCUAAUCACAAUGGUCAAUUCCCUCUAUGAGAUUUGCCUGCAGGGAAUCAUGGUAGUUGUAUUCGUAAUCUUGGUCUGGAUAUUUGUUUUGAUGAAUACAACUACCAUGAUUCCCUGCAGACAUGUCUCAUAGAGGAAAUUAGCCAUUGGUUUUGGUUAUACCUCUGAUUGGAUGAAAACGUGGAACAAGUUUUUUAAGCCAAUUGUGAGGCAUGGUAAUGCAAAACCAAUUACUUUUUGACACUCAAGUGAAAACUGCUCUAAGUACUUAUUAAGUAGCUUAUAUCACAGAAAACAAGUUCAGUGGUUGCACACAGACGGCCCUGUCAGAAUGUCCUUGCAGUCAGCAGUUUUGCCUCCUACAGUAAAUUAUUUGCCACCUACUUCACACUGAAGUUCCUUAAUCCUGAAUUUUAACAAAUCCAUCUGUGAUCUUCACUGCUUUCUACUUCUGUUAUCCUGCAUUUUGACAGGGCUGACAUAGAACUGUAUUAUCUUAUUUAUGCAAAAUCAGCUACACAUGAUAAAUGACAUACAGAGAUACUUUAAAUUGUGAGUGAAAUACUGGAAUAAAUGUAUAGUGACACAGGCCAAUAGGCUAUUUCAGAGAUUUUUUAUUUUCAGAGUUACCUGGUGUCUCUAUUUCAAAAGGAGUCUUUGUGCAAAACCUUUCUAAAUAUGAAAAUAAGUUUGAAGACAUGAUUGUGAAUAUAUGAUCUUUCAUAUAUUCACCUGUAAAAUAAGUUUGAUUUGCAUGAAAAUGAACCUGUAGGCGGAACUCAUUUCAUAUGUGUGGUUUCACACAAAGACUUGUUUUGACACAGAGGCAAAAGGCAACUCAGAAAUGGCCUAUUGAUGAUUUUUUUUUUACCUAAGCCAGCUGUGUAAUAUGCUAGUUUUUUCUUCAUUGGACAUUUUUUCAAUUUCAAAUCUUUCAAUGACUGGUAUUGUGACAGGUUUUUUACUCCUUCCCACCGAAGCAUCUCGCAGAUUUCAUGGUGUUAUUUUUCUUAGCAAUCUGUAUUUCCAACUUGUUCAUUUAUAAUUAUUAUUUAGAAAGUAGUGUAGAAAGUGGUGUUCACUGAUUUCAUUUGUAUGACAACACACUUUGGAGAGUGGUCUUAUGCACAAUCUUGAAAGUUAGAACCAACUUGCUCAGUCACAGUAUGACAAACAGUAUCACAUAACAGUAUUUGGAUGGUCGCCCAUUAGAUUUUCAUGUACAGACUUAAAAGUUGUAUUUUUUUUCUUUUGGAUUGCUUCAAAAGCUACUAGUUACUCUGUGUAUUUUUGACUCUUGAGUGCUUUUACAUGAUGGCCAUGUUCACAUCUUUGAAUUAUGGAAUUUCUCUCCUUUGGGAAUUGAGUUCUUGUGUUAUGUGAAAGAAAAUGCUCUGACUAUUCUCUUUAAUCUUUAGAAAAGUAGAUUACUGCUUUCCUGGUGGUAUGGGCCCAUGGCCAGGAGAAUGGAAACAAAUUAUUAGUUGCGUGGGUACUUAAACAUUGGUAUGAUCUGUGUGGGCUAGCUUGUAUACACAGUUACCAGCCUAGUGGACAUUUCAGUCUGAAACUCAGGCUAAGGAUUGUGUAGUAAAGGCAAAAGUUGGAAAAA